GCCCUUGUCUCGUAAGCCUCAGCGAAAAGACUAGGAUCAGGGUCCGCUUUCACACACACACAACGACUAAGCGCAGAGUAUAAGAACCGUGGUCGGACCUCCGAUUACUCUGGUCAUCACUAGACACUCUACACUGUUACCCCAUUCAAGUCACUCUCACUUGAUUCGACUUGAUUCGCAUACAUAAACACCCGCCCAUACAAACAAGUGUCCCACCAUCACUCUACGGAUUCCGUUGAUCGGACCCCGAGCAGACGACUAUAUAUCACACCCUCACCACACACAACCACAACCACCACAAUGGAUAUCGCCACCACCUCCCGCGCAUACUUUGCCAUGCCUUCUCCCAGCCCAGAUGAGAAAAUCUCCCUCCAGGCCUCAAACACAGUCUACACCUACCACUGCCUGUGCAGUCAUCUCCUCCUCGCAACAACCACACCCCUGCCCUCACUGCCUACACGCCGCCACAGCCACGAUGCCGCACACAUCAUGCCCCUACCUCCCCCAGUCCCCGUCGCACGCAAGAACUCUACGGAUAACUCCGCCACCACGCACGACCACUAUGGCCUCCUGCUGUCCACUCGCCAAGAGCGCCAAGCCGAGAUCAUCACCAGCGACUCAGGCUUCGAAAAGCGCUAUCUCCAGCGCUGCGGCCGCUGCGACCUCGUCGUCGGUUACCAACUCGACUGGCAGCAAUUCUCCGUCGAUCGCACCGGAAGGCGAGAUGAUUAUGUCUUCUUGCUCCCGGGUGGCUUCGUCAAGACUAGCGACAUGGUUGCGAACAAGAUGGCUUCCGCCUCUGCAUCUUCGUCAAAUCCCAUGGGCAGCACCGUCAACGUUACAGAAGUAAAAGUCUGAGGCUGACCAAGAUCAUCGACGACUUUUUCUGCUCUAUCUAUCCAUCUAUUCUCAGCUUGCCGCCUCGGGGAUGGUGUUAUCUCGCUUGCUCUGCAUGC